CAAUCAACAUCCAGCACCGGAGACGGGUGAGGGUGACUGAGCUCGCUGAAUUCUGUAGUGGUGGUCAAGGUGGCGAAAUGGGGUCGUUUUCUGACCAACAUUUAUCGUGCCCUGUUUGUUUACACAUUUUCGACGACCCUGUGAUUCUUCCCUGCGGCCACAGUGGCUGCAGAGCCUGUGUUGAGCAGUACUGGAGGGUCAAGGGUGAAAGAGUGUGUCCAGUGUGCAGAGAAAUGUCUGCUGCGAACAAUCCUCCUCUUAACUUGGCUUUGAAAAACUUAUGCCAGGUGUUCCUGGAUCACAGGAGGCAUUUAGAUGAGCUGUGUGAAGUUCACCAGGAGAAACGGACUCUGGUGUGUUGUGAUGAUGAGCAGUUACUCUGUGAGAUUUGUAGACAAUCUGAAGAGCACAGAAAUCACACAUAUCGUCCUAUUCAAGAGGUCGCUGAGGAACUUAAGGGAGUUCUCCGUUCUCAACUUGAUCUUCUGACAAGAAAAAGGAAGAUGAUGCAAGAUGCCGGAAUUCACAGUGAUUGCAUGGUUGACCACAUAAUGAAUCAGGCCACAUUUAUAGAGAACACAAGCAAGGAUCAUUUUGAAUCUCUCCAUCAGUUUCUAAAGGAAGAAGAACAGGCCAUGCUUGAAGAACUAAAUCAGGAAACAGAGCAGAAAGCAGACCGCAUCCAAGAGAAGAUGCUGAAGAUAAAUGAGGACAUCAUCUCCCUCUCGAACACUAUUGGACAUUUAGAAAAGGAACUUGGGAAUGGAGACAUAAGAAUAAUUCAGAACUUCAAAGAAACACUUAAGAGAGCCCAGUGCAAAUUCCAGGCUCCAGAGAUCACUUCAGGAGACCUCCUUCACUCUGCAAAGUAUUUGGGCAACUUCAAGCUCAAUGUUUGGAAGAAAAUGAGAAACCGUUUCAGUUACAGUCCUGUGGUGCUGGACCUCAACACUGCUUGCCAUCAACUGUCAACGUGCACCAAUCUGACUACUAUAUCAAACCACGAAGAUCUUAUGGAGGAAGACAGGCAGGAAUGGCUGCCUCUCAAUAGAGAGAGAUUUGCUGAUUGUCCCUGUGUGCUGGGCUAUGUGGGAUAUUCCACUGGGAAGCACACCUGGGACGUUGACGUGGAGGAGAACACGUCUUGGAUGGUAGGUGUCGCCGUAGAGUCUGUCCAAAGAAAAGGAACCAACGGCUUGCCCAGUGGAAUCUGGUGUAUCGGGCAUGACAGGGAGGUACUUAGUGUCACGGAUCCUCUGGAGUCCCGCGUCCCGCUACAUGGAUUUGCGAAACCCACAGUAGUGAGGGUGAACCUGGACUUGAGUGCAGGACGGCUGUCGUUCUCAGAUCUUCUGGGAGAGACGGUCUAUCACACCUUCACACACAUUUUCACUGAGAAGGUCUUUCCAUUCUUCUACAAUGAGUGCGCAUACCCUAUUAGUAUUCUGCCUGUUGUUGAAUCUGAAGAGAAAUAAAGAGAAUAAUGUUGCCUUUCAGAUACAGUGUUCUUGAUAUUGUUUUACUUUUUUCCGCUUGUUACUGCUAUUGAUAUGGCUGUAGUUCCAAGGUCACUAAAGUUUGUAAUGGCUUUAAGGUGUGUUCAGAAUUAAGUAAACAAUUUGGAUUAUGCAUGUUAUUGGUAUAGCUUUAAGUACUAUUUUGAAUUAAACUUGUUUAUCUUUGUGGGAAAUCCUGUUACCAA